GCAGAGUUUGGAAAGGUCAGAGAGAGUGCAUCUAAUCGGCAGCUCUCUGACAACAAAUAUCUAAGAAUAUGGAUUUUUAAACACCCUCCUUUUUUUUUUAAUCGUGUCUUGUGUAAUCUGGCGUAGUAGUUAUGCAGAAUUCUGCAAGUUGUUUUCUCAACGCUAAAUAAGAUCAAUUUAAGCCGCUUGCUAACUUGGCUUAACCCUUUGUCGUCUUAAUCGCGCCUGACUGGAUUUUAUUUUCAAUCAUUCAAUCAUCCGAAGACCCGCGUCCCUUCAGAAAUGGAUUUUGUCAUCUCUCCAGGCGACAUCAGCCCUGUGAGCGAUCCGUUCAGCGCCGGGCCCGAUGCAGUCCUCCGACCUCCGCGGCUCUCCUUGCCGGAGAUCGGAGCGAGGGGCUCCCCCUGCGCGAGCCUGGCCUCCCCCGGACCCAUGGCGGUGCUGUCUCCUGUGACCAACCUGGCUCUAAACAUGAAUAACCUCGCUGUUCUCGGAGGUCAAUGUGAGACGCCAAAGCGGAAGAAAAACCUGCCCCUCCUGAAGAUCCCUUCCUUCGCCUCUGAUGCUUCUUCAGAUGCAGGUCUCGGACUAGAGUCACCCAGCCCUUUGGAUGCUCUGGAUGCUGAGCAGAAGUUCGAGAAGGCCAUGCAGGAUGCCACACGAGCAGUUAAUGAAAAAAUGCCCAUUCGCAGGAUACACUCUUUGCCACUGCAAUGUUUGGGUCACAGUCCCAAUUUGAGAAAUAAAGAACCAGAUCCGUCGCGCUAUGGAGUGUGGACUUGUGCGAAUAGCAGCGACAACAAAGAGAACCUGGCUGAGGAGAAUUUUGAGUUCAAGAAGCCUUCCAUGCCAGCAUCACGCUGUCGUACGCGGUCUGCUGGAGGCACCAAGGAUGCUUUUGCCGGCCGACCCAACUCUGCUCCUGCUUUAAUGCUUUCCCCACCUUCAUCCCAGCAGCCUGACUCCUCAGACGAGAUCAGUCCCUUUAUAUUGCGCCGCCCUUCUCUCUCCUGUCUCCAUGACGAUGAUGAUGAUGAUGGCUUCUUAGAGGGGCUGGAUGAUGUCGAGAAUGAUUCGGAGGUUCCUCUUGGGAUGGACAGUCUUCUCACAGCUCCUCUGGUGGCUAAACAAAGUACUGACAGUAAUUAUUCGCCUGUUGUUCGUUGCCGCCCGCGUGGUUUGUUUCGAUCUCCCUCUAUGCCGAACCCCGGAGGGCGUAUCCCGCUCAAGAGACCUGAGAGGCCGCAAGAUGAAAACACACCUGUCAGAGUGAAGAGGAGGCGGAGCCUGGCGGGGACACAAGUUGCACCCACAGAACAAGACGAUGUUAUACCUCAUCAGGUUCAAAGGUCAAAGUCAUUUAAUCACACCCAGAUUGAAAGAAUGUUGGAUACAGAUCCCAGUAAUGUGACUGGAGAUUUCACCAAGGCUCCUGCACUACCCACAGUUGAUGGAAAACACCAAGAGUUGAAAUACAUCACUCCAGAAAUUAUGGUUAAUGCAAUGAAAGGCCAGUACAGCGAUCUGGUGGAGAGGCUGUUUGUCAUCGACUGCCGUUAUCCGUCCGAGUACGAGGGCGGCCAUAUUAAGGGUGCCCUUAACUUCCAUCAAGAGGAUCAAAUUGAAGACUACUUUUUAAAGAGUCCUAUUCUCCCCGAAUGUCCCGAGAAGCGUGUCCUGCUGGUUUUCCACUGUGAAUUCUCAUCUGAACGUGGCCCACGGAUGUGCCGCUUUGUUCGACAAAGAGAUCGAUUUUUGAACGAGUACCCCAACCUCCAUUACCCUGAACUCUAUAUCCUGAAGGGAGGUUACAAAGACUUUUUCCCACUUCACAAGUCGGUCUGUGAACCGCAGGCUUACAGGCCGAUGCAUCAUGAAGACUUUAAAGAAGACCUGAGGAAGUUCCGCCUUAAGAGCCGCACCUGGGCUGGAGAACGCAGCAAGAGAGACAUGUACAGCCGUCUCAAAAAUCUUUGAGCCUCGCGUUCCCUCUCCACCGUACUGCCGUUACUCGCUCAGAUGCUGCCCUCACACAUGACCUGAAGACGUGUGUUUGAUGGGAACAGCUGUUGGUUUUCAGGGUUUGGUAUUUCUGUUGUACCGCAGAGUCAAAUGAGGUUGAGAGGCUAUUAUGCAUCUCUGCCUGUUUGGUUCGAUCUUUAUAAUUAUAAUUUUUUUUUUUUUUUUUAAACUGCCAUUAUUCACCACCCUGGUCUCCCUUGAGAAACACACAGCUACAUGUCACUGUCAUGUAUUAAGUAUACACGUUUUAACUCGCCUGUAUCUUUUUCUUUUUUUAUUUAAUUUUUUUUUUUUUUUUUACUCCCAGGUUUUUGGCCAUUGGCUUGUCCUAACUUGUAUGUUGGAUAAAUUAGUGACUAUUUUACCUUGCUCCCCGUUCCCCUUGAGCACUUCCCCUUUUUUUAAUUGUUGUGGUGAUUACGUGAUUUAUGCAUUCGUUUUGCCUCCCUUUCUCACAUCUGGUCAGUUGCCCAAUAGUAAAGCUGUGAUUGCAGCCAGAGGACGGAUUACAUUGUAUAAAUUGGUUUAUAUAUUUUGAAUAUCACAAUUAUGCAAAUUCUCAUAAUCGCAAAAUAAUGACUUUAAAUCUUGACCUGUUUGUUUUGGCAAUUACUAUAUUGCUUCGAGUGUCCUGGUUUGCGUUUUUUGGACAUCGAGCGUUCUUUUAGGGGGAGCUAGCAAUAAUAUUUUAUUUUAAUUUUUUUUUUUUCCCUCACUUGGCUGACAGCUUUAACUCGGGGACGGGAUCCUGAAUUUUUCUGCUGCUGGUCAGCAAGUGAUGACCACAAUGUUCACCAAAAUGUUCCGAAACGAGAUCUAGUUCUAUUUGUCUGUACACCAGUGACAGUUGAGAGUUGCAAAUCUCCCGUGCAAGGUGUGUUUUGUAUAUUUUUACCUUCCUGAGUGUGUUUUAUUGGUCAUGUGUGACUGAGAGGCUGGUGUAUGCAUUCAUUAAUAAACUUGGAGUUUGGGGUAACAGCUCUUUGCUCAA